UUCUUCAAAUGAAACUUAUUUUAUAACACUGGAUAAAAUGAGAUGCUUGCGGAAACGUUCAGCAGUGUCAUUCUUAGGACUUCUUGUCAUUUGCCUUCUAUUCAUGAACUUAUACAUUGAAGAUGGGUAUGUCUUGAAGGGAGACAAACAGCUCAUUAGAGAAACAUCCACACAUCAACUGAAUUCAGAACGUUAUGUGCAUACUUUUAAAGAUUUAUCUAAUUUCUCAGGAGCCAUAAAUGUCACCUAUCGCUAUCUAGCUGGCACUCCAUUACCAAGAAAAAAGUACCUGACAGUUGGACUUUCAUCAGUCAAAAGAAAAAAAGGAAACUAUUUGCUUGAAACAAUUAAGUCUAUAUUUGAACAAUCCAGUUAUGAAGAACUGAAAGAAAUUGCAGUAGUGGUUCACCUAGCAGAUUUUGACUUACCUUGGUGUGACAGUAUGGUACGAGAUAUUACACAGAAAUUUGCUCACCACAUUAUUGCUGGACGUUUAAUGGUCAUACAUGCUCCUGAGGAAUAUUACCCAAUCCUGGAUGGCCUUAAAAGAAAUUAUAAUGAUCCAAAUGACCGAGUGAAGUUUCGAUCCAAACAGAAUGUGGAUUAUGCUUUCCUUCUUAAUUUUUGCGCCAAUAUUUCAGAUUAUUAUGUAAUGUUAGAAGAUGAUGUUCGAUGUUCAAAAAAUUUCUUGUCUGCCAUUAAGAAAGUGAUUACGUCACGAGAAGGUUCUUACUGGGUGACUCUGGAAUUUUCCAAGCUGGGCUACAUAGGAAAACUCUACCACUCCCAUGAUCUACCACGACUGGCACAUUUUUUGUUAAUGUUUUACCAGGAAAUGCCUUGUGAUUGGCUACUGAUUCAUUUCCGGAGUCUCUUGGCUCAAAAGGAUGUUAUGCGCUUUAAACCUUCUCUGUUCCAACAUAUAGGCUAUUAUUCCUCAUACAAAGGAGCAGAGAACAAAUUAAAAGAUGAUGACUUUGAAGAGGAUUCAUUCGACAUCCCUGACAAUCCACCUGCAGAACUAUAUACAAAUAUGAAUGUAUUUGAAAAUUAUGAUGCAAGCAAAGCAUAUAGCAGUGUUGAUGAGUAUUUUUGGUCCAAGGCACCUGCAGUAGGAGAUUAUUUUGUAAUUGUAUUUGAGAAACCCAUUAAUAUCAGCAAAAUUAAAGUGAGUACUGGAACAGAAGACCGACAGAAUGACAUUUUGCAUCAUGGAGCUCUGGAAGUUGGGGAAAACAUAGGAUGGAGCAAAAAGGGAAAACAAUGUGCCACUUACUUGAGACUAGGGGAAUUCCAAAAUGGAAACUUUGAAAUGGCAGAUGUGAAGCACAAAAUUCCAUUUGAUAUUCACUGUAUAAGAAUACUUGCCACCAGAACACAAAAAGAAUGGCUGAUCAUCAGGAGUAUUAGUAUUUGGACUUUUCAGCCAGUAAAUCAAUGACUCUGUGUUCCUGAACCAGGUCUUCUUUUUUAAUAGGGAAGUGCUACUGUCAUUUGGGUAGCACCAGGUACUAUUCCUCAACAGAUGACUUAAUUUUAUUAAAAAUGAAAAUCUGGGACAUUGAAAAACAAACAAAAGCAAUUUAUUUUUUACUAGUUCAGCCAGGCAAUAUAUAAACAUUAGUUUGUUGGUAUGUUUUGAAUUUUAUAGUAAAAAAAAAAAAAAAGUUUUCAUCCAUGUCUUUGAAUCUCUCAAAUCCCUCUUUGUUGUUAUCCUUGGCUUUUCAAGAGAAGACAAUGCUUGAUAAGAAAAAUCCUCAUCCAAAUUGGUAGCUUUGAUUAAACAUUGUCAAAAUAAUUUGACUUCAUUAUAUCUGUGUAUUAAAGUUGAUGAAAGUUGAUACUUUUCUGCCAUGGUUAAUGUUGCUUUCAUUUUAAAUACAGUUUUAAUAAUGUAAUCUUAUUAGUGUAUUGCCAGUUGUAUUUGAAUGCCAAAAGAAAUGAUGUGGAUUAAUAUGACAUAUUUGAAAUGUGAAGACUGAUAUGCUAAUUUAGUUGGACAAUGAUUAUUGAAAAAUAAUGGUUGACAGUGUGUUUAAUUCUGUAUUAGAACCUGGGUCCAGUUUGUUCAUCAAAUGAUAUAUGUUAAGCAUUGCUGUCAAGAAGAAUGUUGGAGGUAGUUUGAAUGAUAAUUUGAUUUCCCUGGGGAACUUAAGUUCCUAAGUGUCUCAAAUGUAUCCCUCAUCAGUCAUAUCUGAAAUGAACAAUUCCACUAAGAAGCAAGUAUUUAUAGAAGAGUUCCAAUGGGGUUUGGAAAAACUCUUCCCAAUGACUUGUAUUAAUGGAAAAAAUAAUUUUCAUGACACUCUUUUUUUUUAAAUUUUAAAAAAUUAUAUUGACACAUAAUAAGCCUCUAAACAGUGCCAAUAAAAGAGCUCAGGACUUGGAGUCAGGAAGAAUUGAAUUCAUAUUCUGCUCCAGAAACUUAUUAACUGUGUGAUCUCUGGAAAAUUAUUUAAUUCUCUAUGCCUCAGUUUUCUCCUCCAUAAAAUAGGAAAAUAGUAGCACCUACCUCACAGAGUUGUUGUUAGUAUCAAAUAAUUUAAUAUCUGUAAAAUAUUUUGUAAUACAUAAAGUGCUAUGUAAGUGCUGGUUGUCAUUAUUAUUAUUAAUAGUAUUAUUAUAUUCUAGUUGAUUAUCAACAAGAAUAGGUUUUAGAGAUGGGAUGAAACUUAGAAAUUCUUAUAAUGCAUCUUCUUAUUUUAUAAAGAAGAAAACUGAGGGCCAAAGGUAUUGAACUAUUAUCACCCAGAACAACUCAACCAAUUAUAGUGAUGUCAAAACUAGAAAGUGUCAGAACUAGAAAUCAGACCCCCUGAGUUUCAUUCUAGUACUUUUUCUAUAGUAAUACAAUGCUCUUUAUUCUCUUCCUCCAACCCAGUCCCAACACUUCUUGAUUGGAUUUCAUUGUCCUAAUGUCCAGCUUGCACAAGCAAAGCCUAUCAAUUAUUCCUUGACACUUAAGGGCCAGUUAAAGUGUUACUGUUCUAAUUAUACCACCAAUACCAGCUCAAUAUGAAUAGUUUAAGAAGCCUCCCUAAAAUUGCUAUCAGAAAAUAAUUUCAAUAGCAUCUUCAUGGUAUUGUUAUUGUUGCUGUUCCGUUGUUUUAGUCAUAUCCAACUGUGAUUUUCUUGGCAAAGACAUUGGAGUGGUUUGCCAUUUUCUUCCUUUAUUCAUUUUACAGUUGAGCAAAUUGAGACAAACAGUGUUAAGUGACUUGCUCAGAAUCACAGAGUUAAUAAGUGUCUGAUUUGAAUUCAAGAAGAUGAGUCUUCUGACUUUAGACCUGCCACCCUAACCACUGCCACCAAGCUGCCACAUACUUUUAAAAAACAAGAUGUGAGAACUCUCUUCUCCCAUCAAGACGUUGGUCAUGAUGUCCUGUUUUGUUUUAAUUUGUUUUUGCCAAUUUUUGAUAUGCCUCUAAGUCUGUAAUCCUUUGAUCAAUUCUCUAAGACUAUAAGUUGUAGGGAAGCUACAUACUAACAUUGUAAGAAGAAUCAGAAAACUGAUUAAAUGAUUAAGUGAUUAAACGAAAAGUCUGGUCAACUGAACAAACAAAAUCAUAUCAGUGUUGUCAAUCUUUAAUUUAUAUUCAUUAUGUCUUAUGUACAGUAGUAUUUCAUUACAUUUAGGUACCACAAUUUGUUUUAACAUUCCUCCCCAAAGAAUAGACCUCUUUUUCCCCAAACCUUGGUUACUACAAAAAGUGAUUAAGUUAAUAUUUUGGUGUACAUGAUGAUUUUUGUGUCUUUUAUCUAUCUGAAGCAUACCUUCAGUAAUGAGGUCUCUGAGAAAGAGACAGCAAGAGAGACAUUGAGACACAAAGACAGAAAAAGAGAGACAGACAGAUAUUGUAGUCACUUUUUAAAAUCAUAAUCCCAUAUUAUUUUCUAGAAUGAUUGGGCCAAUUCCAUCAAUUUCUAAAUUUAAACAAUCAAAUUGGUAAAUAUUUACAAUUUUCUAAGAGCUUUCAUAUAUUAUCUCAUUCGAUUUUCAUAAUAACUCUAGAAGAGAAGUAAAAGAUGGAUUAUUCUCAAUUUUUAAAAUUUUAAUUAAAAAAUUAGAGGUUUAGGGACAAAAAGUGACUUCAAACAUAUACUAUAUGACAUAAAGAUUUGAACCCAUAUUUUCUUUACACUAGGUCAAUGUUCUUUACAUUUGCCACAAUAUCAAUGUCUAAAAGAUUAAUAUCUGAGCAGUAUUUGAUUUCAUCAAGUCACUUAACUGUAGUGGGAAUCAGUUUUCUCUUCUAUAAUAGUAGGGCUGCUAAAUUCUGUUCAAGCUCUAGAGUUAAUUUAUGAUUCUAUUGCAAAAGUUACAGAAACUAUGAUGAUCUAUAGCAGGUAUUGGUAAACUAGGGCCUGUAGGCUAAAUCUAGCCCAAAAGUCUGUUUUUAUGCAGAACUGUUAGUUAAGAAUUUUUUUUUACUUUUAAAUAUGCUAAAACUUUAUUUUAAAAUGUAUCCUAAGUAAUCAAUGGUUUUUACUUUUAAAUAAAGUUAUUGUAUAGAAAUUCAAAAAAGAAUUAAAAAUUAUUAACUUGUACAUGAAAAAAAAAAAGUGGCAUGUGGGGUUAUGGACAGAAUUUGGCCCUCAGGAGUAGCUUACCAAACCUUGCUCUUCAGCUCACUAACUAAGUGGUUAUAAGGGAUAUUCACCAAGUGCUGGAAUACCAUAUUUAUACCUAAGUACGACUCACCCUGAAGAUAUUCACCCAUUUUGUUUACAAUAAUGAAAGACCAAAAAUGGGCUGUGAUCUACACCACUGAAGGGAGUGCCUGAAUGACAAGAUCACAAAUCCAUCAAGAAUCUGAUAAUAAAGACUGGUAUUUAUAUAGCACCUAUAUGUUGCAAUGGGCUUUUUUCAUCAUUAUAUCAUUAUCUGUAUUUUAUAGAAUAUAAAAAAAACUCAGUUAAGAAAUUUUCUCAGAAUCCCAAAGCUAACUUAUCACUUAAGUGAAAAGUAUUAGAGAUGUGAUUUAACCCUGAAUCUCAUGUCUCCAAUUCUAAUGUUUUAUUUUUUGUUUCGUUUUCUUUUUUUCCACUAGAAUGUGCUCACCCUCACUGAACUUACAAGGCAAAAAUCCUCUUCAUAUUCUUUUUUUUAAGGCUAACAAAGAAGUCCCUGAGUAAAAUAAUUGCACUCUAGAAAUUCUUCCUCUCUUUAUAUCUGAGAGUUCUCAUAACAAGCCAUGUGUCUCCCUCUCCAUCCAUCCUCUCAAUGGUUUACAUGUUAUCUUUCUCCCAGAAGUCUCUUUGUACAAGUUUUAAAAUAGGCUAUUUUACUUGAAUAUGACUAUUUUCCAACAUUAUAACCUAACUAUGUUAUCAUUGUUUAUUAAUAUUUU